CUGUCGAAUUGUGAAAAAUGUGUCCAUCCUGCAUUUGUCCUGAGGAAGUCGGGGGUUAAUGUUAGCUUCUCCUGUCAUGCCUGUCCUGCGAAAAGUCUGAUUGAUUUAAUAGCCGUCCAACAAUUGUAAAAUAGAUAAUGGCCAACAAACGUUUAAAACGCCUUAGUUUUUCUGAUGAAAUUAAAGACCGACUUGCAAAAAGACGUUUGACGACCUGCCAGGAUGUGUUAUCCAAGUCCAAGCUGGAGUUGCUUCCUCUUCUGGGUCUGAGCUAUUCUAAGAUCAACCACAUUAUCAUCAAGUCUGCUAAUGCAUGUGCUCCAAGCUCACAAAGUGCCUUAGAUCUUCUAAAGAAAAGAAUAGAAAAUGGAGCGUUCUUUCCAACAUCCCUGAGGAAGCUCGAUGAAGUGAUAUUGGGAGGAAUUGCUGCUGGCACUAUCACAGAGGUGGCAGGUCCAUCUGGUUGUGGUAAGACCCAGUUCUGCAUGAUGUUGAGUGCCCUGGCUGGUCUUCCUCAGGAGUUGGGAGGUCUCGGUGGAAGUGUGUUGUAUAUCGAUACAGAAUCAGCUUUCAGCGCUGAGAGGCUUGUUGAAAUGGCUCAGACAAGGCACCCAUUCUUGUUCUCAUCAGAAGAAAGCUUAAUAAGACUAACUUCAAACGUACAUGUAUGCGUUGAGUCAACAUGUGGCACAUUACUCAAAAGACUUGAAAGAUUGGAGGAGGAUGUCAUUGCAAAGAACGUCAAACUGAUCGUCUUAGAUUCCAUCGCGUCUUUGGUCCGGAAAGAAUUUGAUGGGAGGAACAGCAAGAAUAUGACCGAGAGGACCAACCUUUUGGCAAAAGAAGCAGCUAUAUUGAAAUAUAUUGCUGAAGAGUUUAUGAUACCUAUAGUGGUCACCAACCAAAUUACGACAAGAUUUGGAGUGCCAAAAGAAGUCAAGCUUAAUAAUCCUGAGGAUGAAACAUCUUCUGUCAACCUCGAGGGUGAAGGAGGGUAUGUCACAGCGGCUCUGGGGAACACGUGGAGUCAUUGUGUCAAUACGAGAUUCAUUGUACAGUAUCUUGAUGGCCCAAGGAGACAGAUUCUUAUUGCCAAGUCUCCUGUAGCCCCAUUUGCUGCCUUCAUCUACAGGAUUCAAAGUAGUGGCCUUGUUUUAGAAGAAGAUAGUGGCGAUGGCUAUGACGGAACAGAUCCUGGAUUGCAAAAGAUUCGAGUCCGCACUUCAAUUAAUCAAACUGCAUUUGAAUAUUAGAAACAAAUUAUGAUGUACUUUAGUCAGAUUUUGUUAAAAGUGGUAUAGAAAACAAAUCAACUAAAGAAGAAGACCACAUGUUGAUUCUACAUGGAGCCUAUAUAUGUGCUGCAAGAUGUGGUUGCUGGUGUUACCAUUCUUAGUGGAGAGUUAUGCAAUCUUGAUGUUGAAGCAAUUCCAUCGCACGGAUCAACCUCUGCAUCUAGAUCCCAAAGGCUUUGACAUCGCUACACCCUUGACUUCCUCCAAAGAAAAACUCGAAAGACCAAUAUUUUGGUGACAAAAGGUGAAGUCUAGACAAAAAGCCUAUGUGUGGUGUGAGCUGAUCCCAUGUGAUGUCACCUAAGAUCUUUAUGGAAGGAAUUCCAGUGGCUUUGAUUACACCUGAUUGUGUGAUGAAGUCUUGACCAAGCCAUGACCAGGGAAUGAGGCAAUCCACCUGUUGGGAGCCCCUGAAUGAAGUAUCCUGAUGAUGUGACUGUGAUCACACCCUUGAACCUCUUAAUCAUGAAGUGACACUACAGAUCAGAAUGACGCACGCAGGAAAGGCAGAACGAAAAGGGAAAUUGGGUAGUCGUCAACCAAGUUAGGAAGUCUCCAUUGCCGUCUAUCUUCCUUUGCUUGUGAUGCUUGAUCCGGUCGAACUCGGGCAGCGUCAAACUCCAAGGAUUAGAGUAACGUAUUUCUGGCAAGAAUGGCAUGGCAGUCCCCAUCACGCAAUCACAUCUUACAGCAUGAAGAACUGACAUCACCAUUUUCAGUUAUCUGUACCGCUUUAUAUUUUGUUGAAAAUUAAAUUUUGUUUGAGAA